GGUGGGAGCGGACCAGCUCAGCCUGAUUUACGGCUCUGCUGAAAACCGCUUCGCACCCGCAGCAGUAGAAGCGUCGCGGCGGCAGCGGCAGCAGCAGCUGCAGGUGCAGCAACAAGUCGGGACUUUGAGAGUAAUGCAACAGAAGGCUUUUGAGGAAAGCAGAUACCCCUGGCAGGAGUCCUUUGAGAAUGUCGCUGUGUGCCUGCCAUUCCGCUGCCCGAGGUGUGGGGACCAUACCAGAUUUAGAAGCCUGUCCUCAUUGAGGGCCCAUCUGGAAUUCAGUCACAGCUACCAGGAAAGAACCCUCUUGACAAAAUGCAGCCUCUUUCCGUCCCUCAAAGACACACACCUAGUCACUUCCUCAGAACCCCUGAAACAGGGAAAAUUGCAGAGCUGUGGCAACACAGUGAAGCAGAAACCGAGCUAUGUUAACUUGUGUAGCAUUUCGCAUGAACACUGCAAGGACAGGAAGCCAUUUGAGGUGGUGGCAGAGAGGCCUGUGUCCUAUGUGCAGACCUACACUACGGUAGACCUACGUGCAGACUCGCUGGAUGGCCCGAGGUCCAGUCCUGGCCUUCCCACCUCAGACACCAAAGCAGCUUUCGAGGCACAUGUCAGAGAAAAAUUCAAUCAGAUGGUCGAGGCCGUGGACAGGACCAUUGAGAAGAGAAUCGAUAAACUCACCAAAGAGCUGGCCCAGAAAACGGCUGAACUGUUGGAAGUUCGGGCAGCUUUUGUGCAGCUGACUCAGAAAAAGCAGGAAGUGCAGAGGCGAGAGCGGGCCCUGAAUAGACAGGUGGAUGUGGCCGUGGAGAUGAUCGCAGCGCUGAGGCAACGCCUGACGGAAUCCGAAGAGGAGCUUCUCAGGAAAGAAGAAGAAGUGGUUACAUUCAACCAUUUCCUGGAAGCAGCCGCUGAGAAGGAGGUUCAAGGGAAAGCUCGGCUCCAGGACUUUAUUGAGAACCUGCUGCACCGGGUAGAACUGGCGGAAAAGCAGUUGGAGUACUAUCACAGCCAGCAGGCCGCUGGCCUCCGCCGGGACAUCAGUGAGCACGUGCUUACAGAUAUCUCCUCAAAUAGGAAAUCCAAAUGCCUAAGCCGAGGGCACCCACAUUCUGUGUGUAACCACCCUGAUCUCAAGACCCAUUUCCAUCCAAAGGGAAGGAGCUACCUGAAAAAAGCCAAGGAUGACAGAGCCAGCAUGCAGCCUGCCAAGUCCAUGUACGAACAGGCUGAGUCCGCAAGAGAACUCUGCAGACCAGCAAAGAAAGGGGAGCCUCUAGGAUUUACCCGGAAGGGCAACAUGAGGCCCAAAAUGGCCAAAAAAAAGCCAACAGCGAUUGUGAACAUCAUCUAAAAGGGUGGGUGGCUCUGGACAACCACCACUGGGCUUUGGGAAUGUUGUUCUAGGGGUUAGUAAUGUUCUUUUAGACACAAGCCAUCAUAAAGCACAUUUCAUGUCCAUAUAGGCACCUGGAUUAACCAGAAUUUAACAAAUGGAAAUCUCGGUGAACCAGAAUUUUUUACAAGUCCCUUCUGGAAGCAAGAGGCAAAUUACAGAAAGAAUUUUUUUAAAAUGCAAGCAGUCUUAUUCCAAACUUUUAGUAAAAUGAAGCUCCAACUUCUAAGAUGAUUAGCCCGUCUCCAGCCAUUUCCACAUCUGGAGUUCUGUGCAGUGGUUAAUUCUCAGGCCCAAGGCCAAAGAAGAUGUCAGGCACUGGAAAAAAACUCAACCGGUGCCCCCUGCUCUCUGAAUUGUGAGGCAAGGAAUGGGAAUGUAAAGUUCUGUUAAUAAUAGUGGAAUAAACAUAUUUUUGUUUGUUUUUAACCUUACCCUCAAUUAAUUUGGGAGCUUCCAAAAUAAGGCUGUUUCCCUGAGUAUUCUGAUUAAUCAAGAUUUCAGUGUUUGGGUUGCUUCAAGGACUCGUUCUGUCAGACUUCAGUUGUCAUUUCGACAGACUGUUUUCUAGUUUGUUUCAUUUAGGUUUUUGUUUCCCUGUAUGCAUGUUUAUUCUUAUUUUGAUGCACCUCUGCUCUCUUCUUUGGCUGAGUAUUCUGCACCCUAAGACCAAGCUGCCAGCCUCUUAUCUUAAUAGCUGCUUCUACUGCUAUGGUUGGGGAGGAUAGUAGAACACUUUUGAUCGGCACCCAUCACCAGUUCAGGGUCUGAAUGGUUGGAUGCCAGUGGCUUGCACGUUUAGUGCAUUGUGAGCCAUCCCGGAGACACCACAGAUGUUACUCAGCCCUUUCCUAAAACCUGCUUCCCAGAGGGUGUCAGCAUCCUCUCUGUUAGCUGUAGACAUGACUUUCUCCUUGCUAGCCUAACUUUUUCCACCUCCUGCUGCUUCUGUGCCCUUUUAUGACUAAAAUACAUGUUCUUACCUUUCAACAAAGUAUCUGAUGUAUUUGUUGUAUACGGCCUUCUAAAGUAAUUUCUGAAAUAAACAGUGCAUGUGGGAUCCAGAAUCUGAGAUUGUCCUCCCCUCCCUGCCUCCCUAAAAUGGCCUUGGUUUCCAUAAAGAACCAUCUGUUACAAACCUCCUGCUUUACAAUUUUCCUCAAGAAUGAAUUUCCGUGUUACUUUUUUUUUUUUAAUUAGCAAUAUCAUCAGGUCUCCUGCAGAGUUUACAGUGAUGACAUUCUUUUGGAAAUAAGAACAAUUAUGUCCACAAAUAUAUACAUUUAUUUGUAUAAAUGUACAGCACAUAACACAUACAAAAUAUAUAUGUCAAGUAUAUUAAUAAUUUAUUUUUAAAUACUCAUGAAAAAGGUGUGUGUUUGUGGUGGGUGGUUUUUAAACUAUAUAUGGUCUUGUAAAUUGAAUUCUCUUAUUUUAAAAAUUAAAGCUGUAACCUAAUUAACAUUAGUAGAAUUAUGAUUGUUAUUGCAAUAAGCAUCAGAUUAGCAAUGAAUUAAACAUAGGUAACAAAGCAAUUACUUAAAAUGCCAGUAAACUGAAAAGUGUAACUUAUACAAAUGCUUUGAACCUAUCAUAGUGAAAAUGUUAAUUUUUGAAUCUUCACCUUGACUUCUGGCUCACGGGGGUGGGCUUUUCACGUGGUGUAUAGGCAACUAUUAAGUGGGAAAAAACAUUGCUGUGAAUAUCACUGUUUAGGCUAACACUAAAAACUGUAACGUUAUAAUAAUUAUUUAUUUGGAGAAUUAAUCUCCUUCAAGGUUAUUUAUUAUUGAUGUUUAUACCAUGAUUGCACUUAGCCUUUUACAUACUAAAAAAUUGACUUGUUUGUUGUAUUGCAUGCUCUUUGUCCCAUGAUGUGUGUGUGCAAUGACAACAGUUUGCUUUUAAAGGUGAUAUAAGCCAGAUUUUUCCCCCAUUUUAUUUAAUGUAACUUACAUUUUCAAUUUUCAUUUAAUAUGCCUAGAGGGCAUGACAGCUCUCUUUGACAGUGGUACCCAGUGAUCUUAAGAAAGCACCAUAACGUCAUAUCUACUCUAUGUACAUUACACAAGAGAAAUGAUUUUAAGGUUUAUUAUAUUAAAAAAAUUUUUUAAAGUUCUAACUAAAUUCUGACUCUUACAUAAGGAGAUGCAUUAUGUAUAUUGUGCUUCCUUAGAGACAUAAAUUUGCUUUUGAUACAUGGGAGCCACCUCAUUCUAAGGGAUAUCCCAUUUACAUGCCUUGGCCUGAGUCUUGUGCCAUGUCCAACUUGGGUCUUAUUUUUAAAUAUUUUCUUUGUCUUAAUAGGCAGUCAACCUUAGAAUUGGUUUUUUGAAGAAAUCACCAAAGUUUCUGAGAAAACAUGUUCAAGUUUAAACUGAAGAAUGGAUCUAAUUUUAUUAUUUGCUUUGUAAGGAAGAAAUCUUUAUUUCAAACCUUCUUUCAUUCUCUUUUCCCAAACUACGUUACAGAUUCUUAAAUGCAAAGUUCAGAUUACUUAGACACUGUUUUCCGGUAUUCUACAGGGUCAUUCUGUUGUAUGGAAGUAGGAAUAUUCUGUU